CUACUCUGUGGAAAUCGUGAAGAGGGCAUUGUGUCCCUUUUCAGCGCUGUAGAUAGACUAAAUUGCUGCUGUAUUGAUGAAAUUGUGCUUAAGCACCUUAUAUUCCUCAUGCUUAGAGUUUUUCUCAAUUUAGAAGAAAAGGAUGCUCCACAAUUCAGAAAACUCCGAGAUCAAAGCGAAAUUUACUGGAAAUCCAGAUAUUCAAGAAUUGUGACAGAUAGCGGAGAAAAUAUUGUAGACGCUUUUUUGGAACACGAGGAUCUUUUCUUUCUAAAUGUUUCUGGAAAUUUAUUACUUGUCACCAACACGUACGAAAUUCAAACCGAAGAAAGGUACAGAGAACUUUCGUUUGCCGUCAACAAACUCCUUCCUGCAAUCUGUGAAAACCAGGUGCGGAAUACGAAUACAUCAGACGUACCAUAUGAGAUAAGAAUCUUCACUGCCUUUUUUAAGGAAUCCUUAGAACCCUCAUUAACUCUGUUAUCUCAGCUGAAUUGGUUUACUUUUGAAAGUGCGACACAAACUCAGCUUGAGUCCCUACGUCUUCAUUUUCUAGAAUUCACAGAACAAAUUUCACAGAGUGGCGUCAAUUUAGUGGAGAGCUACGUCGCAACCAAGCAGUUCAUAGAAAUAAUUUUGCACUGCCUUGAACUUUUUCCGGAUUUCCCAUCAUCAGUCAAAAGUGAUACAUUUUUUGAAAAUGUUGUCAAGUAUUUCAAUGAUACCUUUGACGAUGUUUUAAAACAUUCAAGCAAAAGGGUCCCCGGUACAGAUCUUUUAGAACUUGCAAGAGGUUAUGACAGUCUAGGCAAGUUGAAGAAGCUGUUCAUUGACAGCAGUGCAGCAAUAGAGUCUCAUGAAGAAGCAAUAAGAAUAAGGCAGAAACACUUUGGAAAUCAUAUCGACACAGUGGCAAGUCUGACAGACAUAGGGUGUAGUUACCUUGAUUUGAAUAAGGCAAUCGAAGCUGGUAUAGCAUUAGAGAGUGCCUUAGAUUUGAGGAAACAGCUGGGAGUUUAUGAUCACGAGGACACAGCAUACAUUUAUGCUUCAAUCGGAGAAAACCAAUCAACCCUUGCUAACUACGAGGAAGCACUUAAUGCGCUCCUCAAGGCUGUUAAGAUUAGAAAGGAGCAUUUAGGACAACACCCACUAACAGCCAAGGCUUUAAACGAGGCAGGGCGCGUUUAUUUUAAACUACAAAGCUACCCAGAAGCUCUUCAGUUUUGUGAGCAGGCUUUUGAUAUGAGGCUUGACCUGUUAGGAGAGGAUGUGGACACAGCUGACAGCUUCAAUCUUCUGGGAUGUAUCCAUUUUAAAAUGGGUGAAAAUGCGUCAGCAAUUCAGAGUCUUGAAGUAGCUGCAGAAAUGCGAACAAAACUGCUUGGUUACCACAAAGACACCGCUUGCAGCUACCACAACCUUGGUGUAUUGCAAAGUGAAGUGGGAGACCAACACGGAGCGUUGAAUUCCCUACAGAAAGCAGCAGACAUAAGGUCCAUACAACUUGGUAGUCAUGUAGACACUGCGAGCAGUUACCACUGGCUUGGUGUAGUGCAGCGUGACAUGGGAGACCUCCCCGAAGCCUUGGCUUCCCUAAGGAAAGCCGCAGACAUGAGGUCAAAAAAGCUUGAUAGUCAUAUAGACACCGCAAGCAGUUACCACUGGCUAGGAAUAGUGCAGCAUGACAUCAGAGACUUUCAUGGCGCUUUGGAGUCCUUAACGAAAGCCGUAGAUAUGAGAUCAAAAAAACUUGGGCACCACAAAGACACCGCGAGCAGUUACCACUGGCUUGGAGUAGUACAGCGUCAUAUGGGAGAAGACAUCCUUGGAGCUUUGGGGACUCUAGAGAAAGCUGCAAUUAUAAGAUCUGACCUUCUUGGUGAUCACGAAGACACGGCAGACAGUUAUCACAACGUUGGUGCAGUGCAGUACUUGAUGGGAGACCACGUGAAAGCUUUAUGGUUUCUAAAGACAGCAGCGCAUAUGAGAUCAAAUCUGCCUGGCAAUCAAAAAAACACGGCGUCCACCUACCACUUGCUUGGUUCGGUUCAGUAUGACAUUGAAGAUAUCAACAGCGCCGUGGAAUCUUUACAGAAGGUAUGGCAACUGAGAGAUGAAUUGCUAGGUGAACAUCACCCCGACACAGUCGACACCUUACAGCUACUCAGUCGGGCGCGUGAAGCUUCAUUGCUGCAG